UGCACAGGGGUUAGUUAUUCCUGGCUCAUGCACUCAGGAAUUACUCCUGCCAGUGCUCGGGGGACCAUAUGGGAUGCUGGGAAUUGAACCCGGGUUGGCCUCAUGCAAGGCAAACGCCCUACCCGCUGUGCUAUUGUUCCAGCCCCAGUCAUGGUUAUUUUCAGGGAGUGAAAAUCACAGAUGAUGGGAAGUACUUUUCUUCUGUUUGCUCUGGUAUUUUUUUCCUAUGCUGACCGCGCACUGCAUAGGAAAUUCAAAGUAUUUAAGUCACGUGGUCUCCUGAGAGCCCCCUCGCUCGCUUGUGCAGCCAAGCCUGCUUUCUGCCGCCAGUUUUGCGACAUCUGCAGUGACGUGCCCACGGCCACGCGCGUCCACGUGGCCCAGCCGUUUGGCAGCCCAAAGCCUACGAGGACGUUGCCACUUUCUCCUGGGAGGGCCAGAGGCCGGGCCUGGGCGCGUUAGAAGAUGCACGGCCGUGGUCCCCAAAGGGCAUCGUGCUGCCGCUGGACCAGCUGCGACCCCAAGCCCGGGCCCGAGAGUGUGGGCGUGGUGUACCAGUCCACGCGCUCAGCCAAGCCGGUCGGGCCGGAGGACAUGGGCGCCACGGCGGUCUUCCAGCAGGACACGGAGAGGGAGCGGGACGCCCAGGCCAUCUUCGAGCGCAGCCACAAGAUCCAGGAGCAGCGGAGGGGCAAGGAGGACGACAAGAUCUACCGGGGCAUCAAUAACUACCCUAAGUACAUGCAGCCCAAAGACGUGUCGAUGGGCAACGCGUCCUCGGGCCUGGGGAGGAAGGGCCCCAUCCGCGCCCCCGAGCACCUGCGGGCCACCGUGCGCUGGGACUACCAGCCCGACAUCUGCAAGGACUACAAAGAGACGGGCUUCUGCGGCUUCGGGGACAGUUGCAAGUUCCUCCACGACCGUUCGGACUACAAGCACGGCUGGCAGAUCGAGCGCGAGCUGCACGAGGGCCGCUACGGCGCCUCCGAGGACAGCUACGAGGUGGAGAACCCCCCGCCCGAAGAAAUGCCCUUCAAGUGCUUCAUCUGUCGCCAGACCUUCCGGGACCCGGUGGUCACCAAGUGCAAGCACUACUUCUGCGAGAGCUGCGCGCUGCGGCAUUUCCGCACCAGCCCGCGCUGCUACGUCUGCGACAAGCAAACCCACGGGCUCUUCAAUCCCGCCAAAGGCCUGAUGGCCAAACUGGGCCGGCGACCAGCUGCGCGAGACCCCGGCGCUGCCCGCUUCCCAGAAGACCCUGAGGAGGGCCCAGUUCCCAUGACUUAGAUUUCCCAUCAUUCUUUCAAAUAAAUGCUUAGUGGUGGUUUGGGGAAAAUUUAAAUAAAUAGGGAAUACUUAAAUAAAUGGGAAAAAAAGGUUUAAGAAAGUGGAGACGUUUUAUUUUCGAUUCUAGGCAUUAAUUCUAAUGACCAGAGGAAGAUCAUUCACCCAACAGUAGCACUGUCUUCCGUUGUUCAUCAAUUUGCUCAAGCGGGCACCAGUAAAGUCUUCACUGUGAGACUUGUUACUGUUUUUGGCAUAUCGAAUAUGCCUUGGGCAGCUUGCCAGGCUCUGCCUAGCAGGUGAGAUACUCUAGGUAGCUUGCGGGCUCUCUGACAGGGGUGGAGGAAUCGAACCCGGGUUGGCCACAUGCAAGGCAAACACCCUAGCCAAUGUGCUAUCACUAGAGUCCUCACCCAACAGUAAAGUAACUAAAUAGGCUCCCACUCCAGCGACUGAACUCUUGACCUUUGUCUCCUGGCACUCUGGGGAGAAUGAUGCGGGAAUGUUAUGCUCAGAUUUUAUUCCCUCAAUGUACAAUAUUACUUAAAUUCCAAGGUAUUCUUACUUACGAAUGGGUGUUAGGGCAUAACUUUCUGUGUCUGUCUUUUCUAGGGAGAAAAGACAUUUCAUGAAAUGAAACU